GUAAGUUUGCAAACAAUCUAAAAGCCCUUUCCAUUAGCUCUGGACGCCGGAAACCACAAAGGGCAGUUCAAGUUUUGAUUUUCAAGGAGAAAGCCUCUGGUAAACUUUCGCUCAGCCGCCAGGAGGUCUGUUGGUUCCUGGGAGGAGCUCCUCUGAAUCCUUGAAGAUUCCUGUGCUCUUGAAGACCCAGAUCAGUGGAUUACAGUAAUUGUAAACCUUAGGUGGCGUCGGAAGAUCACUCUGUUUGGUGUGCGCUCACAUUUCCAGGCUGGGGGACGGAGCAGAGGAACCCCUUUUGUUAUUUUUUGAAAGAAGAAGAUCAGAGAGGAAGACGGGGUUUUGAAGUGUGGAUUAGCGCUCUUCAAUCUUCGCCUAGUACCUCCGUCUGGAACUUUAUAAAGAGAUCGAGGAGUGCAGUGAAUUUACGAAAUCAUGCAAAGUUUCCUUGAAGCCUGUUCUGGAACGUAGCUUCUGGACCAGAAACUUCUCCCAAAAGAGACCUUCUGCGCCAGGCAGUCUGAAUGGACCGUCAUCUCCGCUUUGAAGAUUUGCAACCUUAUUCUCUGUUGACAGACUAACUUCUUGGGUGAUCUGUUGGCUUGUCGGGGAAGGAUGGAGAAACGGAAACCAGCCGGACUGCUGACCUUGCCGUACCACCUCCACCCGGUGCCCCUGAGCCUGCCAGGGACCCUGUCCCGCCUCCCUCUGAGGGACCCUUUCAGGGUCCCCGUGCAUCUGGAUGACGCGUGCUGCGCCCGGAGACGACCGUACCUGCCCCUGCCGCUGGACGGCGCCUUCGAGCCCGCCUUCCUCCGCAAGCGCAACGAGCGCGAGCGGCAACGCGUGCGCUGCGUGAAUGAAGGGUACGCGCGCCUCCGAGACCAUCUGCCGCGGGAGCUGGCGGGCAAGCGCCUCAGCAAGGUGGAGACACUCCGCGCCGCCAUCGGCUACAUCAAGCACCUCCAGGAGUUGCUGGAGCGCCACGCGCAGGGGCAGGAGGCCCCAGCCGGCCCUCCGUGCAGGCCCGAAUGCAACAGCGACGGCGAGUCCAAGGCCUCCUCGGUGCCGUCACCCUGCAGCGAGCCCGAGGAAGGGGGCAGCUAGCGAGCACCGGCACCCCCGCCCUGUCCCGGGCGCCCGUUGCACUGCGCGCCUUUGCAGCCUCGUCUAAGGGUCUUUCUGAAGGUGGUUGCAUUUUUAAUCUGGUUGUUCCUCCAGGGGGAAAAAAAAUCGUAGGAAAAAGAAAUUAGUACUUUAAGGGGAAAAUGAUAUUCUGACAUUCUGGUUGGAUUUUUCCCCUUUUAUUGGCUGUGUGCCUGCAAUUUAAAGGUGCUUAUUAAGGAAACUCUUCUGUACUUCUCCAGUGCAAACUGCACCAGAUUCGGAGCACCUCAUUCUAAAAACUCAAAGGGCAGUGACAGUGGGAAUUUCCCGCCGUCACUGGUGCGUAAAUGAUAUACAUAAAUACUGAAAUAAACCCAACCUUAACCGAAGAAGAACUUUCCAAAAAUAAAUAAGUAAAUGGCAGUUCUUAAGAUGAGAGGAAUGUUUUCCUGCAUUCCUUCCUUUGGGAAUUAUUUUAGAAAUGUAAUCGGCACCGCGCAUUGGGUCAAGGGGACUCGAAGCUGACACCAGACAACACCUUUAUCAGCGCGUGCUGCCAGACCAGUCUGUGCUGCUGACGGAGUACGUGAACCGUGGGUCUAGAGAAGACACAGACAUUCUGUAUGUGAUACAUCCUGUUUUAUCAAGAAGUGUUUAUUUGGAAACUUCAUAGAAUUUAGCAGGUCAGAUGUUAGUGCCAAUCAUCUUUUUGGAAGAGGAUGCAGAGUUGCGUGAACACAUUUUUCCUUUCAGUUGUUUUUGUCCACUGGCUUUUUGGUUUUGUUUUGUUUUGUUUUUCCUUUUCCUUGCAUCGUCCCUUGUGGUUCUUAUUCAAUUUUUGGUUAAAUUGAAGUGACACUGUGACUUUUUUUUAAAGUAAAUGCUUAGAUGGUUGAACAGGCGGACUGGGGUUGGUCCGUUCUCAAACGUUCAUCACAAGGACAACUUCCAGGUGUACUGGAAUUAUCUAGCGACAUAUUGUGGCUUGUUCUAGUCUUUUAAAAAUACUUAGCUCUGGUCGGGGCUUUUUUUCUCUGCAAAACAAUAAUCCAGAAAUAAGUUAAAAAACCUGACAUAUUGUUGUGUUGGUUGAGCCUUGUCCCACAAAGCAAGGGGUCACCGGUUGGGGCCUGGGCCUGGGCUGCAGUUUGUCCAGGUGGGGGUGAGUUAGAGAGGCUCAGCGUUUCUCGCACUGAUGCUGCUUCUCUCCCUCUCUUUCUUUCUCCCUUGCCCUCUCUCUCUAAAAAUAAGUGAAUAAAAUCUUAAAAAAAAAACCUGACACAAGAAGUUAAACUUCCUCUCUCUAAAGUUAUUUUCCAACAUGCUGAUCAUGCAGGCAGCUUGGGUCCGGGGCUGGGGAGUGGGGUUAGGAAGUACAGAAAGGGGCAAAACUGUCAAGGGCGAGCCCUUUCAGAAAUCUGUCUCCCUUCACCCCCACAUUGGCCUUAUGAGGUCGGUUUUAUUACCUGCUUUUUACAGAGGUGUCGAUGGAGGAGAGCUAAUAUUCAGUGAACAUCUUUUACAUGCCAGGAAUUAUACUGAGUGGUUUUUAAAAAAAAACAUUUGUUCUGUUUAACUUCCAUACAUCUGUGAAAUGAGUGUUACACAUACUUUGUGGUUUGGAAAAAAAAAUGAAGCCCAAAGAUAUUACUUGCGUUGCCCCGAUUAGUGUUGCUACAAUUAGUUGAGCUGAGAGCCAGUCCUGGCUCUCUCUGACCCCAAAGCCCAGGCUUGCUGUCUCUUUUAUCAUGCCUUCCCUUUCUCCCAGCAAAUGUCACUUGACCCGUGGGAUGCUGAACCCAUGUUAGAAAGUAUAGUUACUAAUAUUUAUAACGAUGACUAUAAUGGUAUUCUAUCGCUUUCAGCUGCGCGGAUAAAUGAUGUGCAAUGAUUCACAACCAAACUUUCCUCUUUCUUAAGAACAGGGAAAGAGCCUAUCGGUUUGAGUGAACAAAAUGUAAGAGCCGUUAUUCUUACUCGUCACUUAAUUGCAGCCUUGCGUUCUCCUGUAAUAUGUCCAUUAUGGUCUCCAGGCAGGCUGUUAUUCCGUGUGGGGGUUUCCAUGGAGCAAGCCUAAGUGAGAUACAUUUACUAACUAGGAAAAAUAAAAGUUGGGGUGGGGGCGGGGGAGAACGCCCAUGUUAUCCUCCUAGGUGAGUUGGAGGAAAUGUUAAUUAACCAAGUUGCUAAGAACCUUGAGAGACUGUUUUAGGGGUCUUGGUGGGGCAGUAGUCACACUUUCCAUUCCUUUAUUCUAUUCUCUCUUCCAAAGUAGGAAUAGUAAUAAUAAGAGUGUAUUUUCUUUCAUCUAGACAGACUAUGUGAUUACUUUUUAACUGCAGGAAAAAAAUAAAUACUGUUUAUUCAUUUACUUCUUUAAAAUAAAUGUAUAAAAUCUGUGAACAAAUAUACUUUGCUGAGAUAAGUGACUUAUAAAGAGAAGGACAAGGGCAAUUUUAUUUUAUAUUUUUUUAAAGAGACCUUUAUUUUGGAUAAAAUGCCUUGAGAGACUUUUAAUGUGGUUUUGUUUGAAGCCCUAUUGAGAAUAAGACAAUGAUUUUGAGAAACCUUAAAAAAAAUAAAAUCCCAGCUCAAUUAUAUAACCUUUUUAGAGGGAGAAAAAAAUCAAGCAGUUUUUUUGGAACCUUCCUGAUGGCUCACAGGAGGAGCACCAACCCAGGAAUGAAACCUUUUAAAAUGUUCGAUCUUCCCUUUUCCUGUGAAUGAACGCUAAAUGAACCAUAGCACCAUUUACUGUCAAAAAGAAGAAAAUUGGUUCUAGGUACUGUACUUUCACCAUAGCAUCCUUACCACAGUCAUUUUUUGCUGUAAACAUUUUCACCACAGAACUAAUUGGCCAUAAGGCGAUUUUGCUGUAAACAAGCUAAAAUAUAACUGGUUGACACUUUUGGUUUUUGCUUGUUUGGUUUCAUUUCCCCAUUGACGAAUCAACCACGCUCAGCCCUGAGCUUAAUGCAUUUAAGCCAGUUGUCAGUUUGGUUUCAUUUCUCCCAAUGGAGUUUCCACAGUGACUCCCAUCUCUAUGUUACAUGUAAAUUUCACCUAGGCCUCAUCCUGGUCUAUUCAGUGUCGAGCAGGUGUGCUGGUGGCCAUGCUCUGCCAACAGCAUUUCCUCCAGAUGAGGAUGAUUUGCCCCGAGAGCUGGUUUCUUACUCUGAAACCCGCUAUGCAGGGAGAAGAGAGUUCAGCCCACAUCUCCCACAGAACAAAGCCAAGUGCUUAGGUGCGACCCGCAAAAUAAAAAUCAGUUAUUGGCACACUAUUACCAU